AUGGCGUGCGUGUCGAGGGUGACGCCGCAGAUCGCGCUGGCGGGAGUGGUCGGCGCGGGCGCGCAGUGGUUGAAACUGUCGGCGUGCGACGAGACGCAGCGGUACUCGACGACGUGUCGGUACGCUUUUACGAUCGAAGCGCACUACGCGGUGUCGGCGGUGCUGUCGUUCUUGCUGGUGUUUCGCGCGGUGCAGGCGUUUAGGCGGUUCGAGGAUGGGAAAUUCGCGAUGAUUGACGUGAAGGACGCGCUGCGAAAUCUCGCCUCGGUGACGGACGUCGAGGCGCGGGAACCGGCGUCGGGGUCGAUCGCGUCCAUGUUUUCGAGCAAAGAUCACCAUACGCCGACGACGAUAGAAGAGCUUCAGAGUGAAAUUCGUCGAUUGUGCAACUUGACGUUCGCGUUCAUGCGACAAGCUUUGCGCGAAUCGCGAUUCGGCGUCGUCGACGCCGGCGUUCGCGGCGGCAAGCGCGACGUUUCGACCGAGUCUUUGCUCCACCGCGAUGACGACGGCACUCCGAACGUUUCCAAUCUCACUAAACGUGACGAACGUACAGAGUACGCGAAGUUGGCGGUCGAGAAUCGUCCGGAUGCGGUUAUGAUUGACGCGCUGACUCGCAUCGAAACCAUGCACCGCGCGGGCGUUUUGAGCGAACGCGCCGCGAUGGAGGCAUUUCGCGAGUCUCAACGCGCGCUCGACGCUUAUCGACAGGCUAUGCUGAUAAUCGAAACACCGACACCGAAACAGUACUCUCAUACCGUGACGGUGUUGCUAUUCGCGUUCAUCUUCUCCGCGCCGUUUGCGCUCAGUUCGCUCAUGGAUUGGCGAACGCCGCUCGUGAGCGCGACACUUGCGUGGUUAUUUUACGGCGUCAAUGAGAUUGCGAGCACACUGGAAGAUCCAUUCAAAUGGGUGCUUCCGGCUCACCCCCUGAAUGUCAUAGCUCGAAGAAUCGAACGGGAGAUGGAUGCGUUCAAGAUGAGCAAAGACGUAGUCGGCAUCGACGUGGACGACGAACCGCUAUCGGUAGAUUCAAUGAAUUACCGGAGAUGGCGCAAUCCGUUUUGGUUCGUGAUCGAUUGCUUUGCUUGGGAAAAGACUACGCUUCCUCACAUCGGCCGUCAAAUUGGCCUCGCGGCCGUCGUCGGUAUCGGCGCGCAGUUGCUGAAGAUACUCGUGUGCGGUUGGAACGUCACUGACUCGUCGCAGUGCCUUGUGACGUUUGAUCUCUCUGCCCAUCGUAUACUGGCGAUGCCUAUUUCGCUCUUACUCGUCAUUAACACUGAUUGGGGGUACGAGCGUUUCAUUUCUUCCAAAAAGUUGGUUGUCAGUAUGCAGAACAGUCUGCGUUCGUUGACGGCGUGCUCGGCGAUUUUCACGACGGCAAAAAAUGACGACCUGAGUGCGGUCGAAGCGGACGCAAGAGAAGUGCAGCGUUUGUCGAACGUCAUGUAUGGCUUCGCGAGAAUCGCCGUGCGAGAGCUUAUAAGUCGUGAUCCAUCGGGAAAUACAGUCAAGCUCGAUGAUAUUUUAACGAUGGACAAGUUUGGCGGCGCGUGUAAACUCUGCGAUUUGGUUCGAGAAUCGGAGCACCCUGAAUUGAAAUCUCUACCCGUGCAUGCGUUCCCGACGUGGGUAGGGAUGAGACUAAACGCAAUUUUUGAAGAAUACGGUCGAUCAGGCGCUAUGACUGAGCGCUUUAGCGCUGAGGCCUACCGAAAAGUAUGCAACUCGCUGCAGGCGAUGCAAGGCUUGAUGCGAGUCGUGUCGACGCCGGUGCCGAACCGUUUUCGACACUUGCUGCAAGUUUUACUAUUCUUCUAUGUCUUCACUAUGCCGUUUGUUUUGAGUGUGAGCUACCAGUGGAUCACGAGCGUGCCAGUGAUACUCGUCGCACUCGCGUUUUAUGGUAUCGCCGAGACUUCCACAAGUAUGAUGGAGCCGUUCAGUUGGACCGGUCCGCGCCACGAUCUGAGCGGAAUGGGUUCGCGCAUGUUUACUCGUCAUGAACGACUUGGUGCGUUCGCGAUGAAGAUGCGAGGCAGUGACGAUACAUGGGUGAAACUCAUGGAUGAAGCCAAGAUUCUGGGCGAUCAUUUGAGCACAGCUGGCGGCCUCUACAGGGAGAGCCUCGGCGCAAACCGGAGUAAAAAGUCACUCCUGGCGGCACCUUCCAUCCGCGUCAAGAAUAUCUCAAACUACGAGAAAGAAUUUAAAACAGGUGCCAUAAAGAACAUGCAGGCGCUACGCACGGGUUGGUCUUUCGUCUCAUGCGUGUUUCACGUGCGAAACACAGUCGUGCCGCAGAUUGCGCUUCAAAUUGCAUUGACUGGCGCAGUAUCCGUACUCGCAAACUUCUUGAAAAUUCAUUGGUGUGGGAGUUCGGUUUCGAAUGUGACGCAAUGCAGUUUCACGUUUGAUGACAAAGCACACGUUAUGAGCGGUUCUAUAAUCGGCUUCACCCUCGUUUUCAGGCUUAUGUUCUCUUACUCGCGAUAUUACGACGGCAAAGGCUUGGUUGGCGUGAUGGUGAACAGCUUGCGUUGUCUCAACCUUGAUCAUCUCCUGAGCUGGAGCAAGAAAUUAACGAUGAUGUCACGGAGAUUCGUCGGUUAUCAUGCGUGCUUAUGGCGUUCAUGCGGCAAGCCGUUCGUGAGCGUCGCCACGGCGUCGAGCCUUUCACGUUGA